CUGUGAAUCCAAGUAACCAAACAAACCGAAACCACCGCCACCGCUAACUCUUAUCCAAAAAUGUCCAACGCGGUGGCGCUGCCCUGUCUUGGCAUAGUGAGCAUGGCGCGCCGGCCGCGCCAGACGGCCAAGACAAAGAAAACCCGGGUCCCGAAUCCGACACCGCCGACGAGUGUCGGGUUCGGAGCCAAAAGGAAGGAGCAGAAGUGGCAGUGCGUGGAGGGCUGCGGAGCUUGCUGCAAACUCGACAAAGGCCCCUCCUUUGCCACCCCAGAAGAGAUUUUCACCAACCCUUCCGACAUCGAGCUUUACAGAAACAUGGUCGGAGAAGAUGGGUGGUGUGUGAAUUUUAAUAAAAGCACGCGAAAGUGUUCGAUUUACGACGAACGUCCAUAUUUUUGCCGUGUGGAGGCUGAGGUGUUUCACUCCUUGUAUGGGUUUAGUGAGAAGAAAUUCAACAAGGAGGCCUGCAGGAGCUGCAGGGACACAAUUAAAUCAGUUUAUGGUCCCCAUUCCAAAGAGUUGGUUAACUUCAAUAGUGCAGUAGAGAGCUCCAGCAGCACUACUAGUUAAAUUAGUGCAAUUUGCACCAUUAGUUGUCACAGGCUUAGCUGCAAAUCAAUAGGCUUUCAGGCAUGGAGGUGAAACAGAUUUUGGCAGAGCUUCAAUUUUGAUGGACCUUCAGAAGUUCCUCAAUCGGUUGCGAGUUUUUCAGCACCUGCAGAUUUUGAGAGGAACAAUGUAGGCUCGUUGAAAGCCACGAUGAAUUCGGAUUCGAAAGUGCUUGUUUGUGUGUGCUUUUAUGUUCAGCACUUCUGUACAAUGUUGAGGCCUUCCCCAAUCUUAUGUACCAAAAUCAUCUUGAAAUGAAUUGAUACUGCAGAAAGAACUCAACUUGAUUAACA